AUGGCCGUCGUCGUGGCUCCAACACGCCGCCCCCGAGGCGCCGCGCAAAAUCGACGAGGAGCCAAAAAGAACGGCGGCGACAAGGCAGCACGGGUCAGCGUCGUGGACUCGUCGUACAAGAUCCUCAAGAAGAUCGGCCAGGGAGGGCACGGCGCCGUCUCGAUGGCGCGCCACGUCGAGUCCGGCGAGCUCGUCGCCAUCAAGUCGAGCCUCCACGCCGGCGCCGCGGCGCUGCUGCUGCGGGAGGCCGCCAUGCUCGCCGCGUGCGCGGGCAACCCCGCGGUGGUGCGCCUCAGGGAGGUGGCGCGCGGGCGCGGCACGGACAUGCGCGACCUCCACCUCGUCAUGGAGUACGUCGCCGGCGGGAGCCUCCACGACGUCAUCGUCUCGCGCCGCCGCCACGGGCACCUCUCCCCGUUCUCGGAGUCGGAGACGCGCAGCGCCAUGGCGCAGCUGCUGGCCGGCGUCUCGACGAUGCACGCGCACGGCGUCGUCCACCGUGACCUCAAGCCCGGGAACGUGCUCGUCGGCGAGGGAGACGGACGCCUCAAGAUCUGCGACCUGGGCCUCGCCAGGUCCGUGGUCGCGCCGCCGCCCACGGACGACACUAGGGAUCCCGAAGGCACGCCGGGGUACAUGGCGCCGGAGCUGCUUCUGGGCGAGAAGGACUGCGGCGCGCCCGUCGACGUGUGGGCGCUCGGAUGCAUCAUGGCCGUCCUCGUCGCCGGGCAACCGCUCUUUCCGGAGGAAGACUUGUGCCAGCAGCUCAUCAGCAUCGUCAACCUCCUAGGGAUCCCUGACGACGUCUCGUUGAUGCCACUGGGCGUCUCGGGGCCCAGCAAGCUGCGCGAGAGGGUGCCCGAGGAGCUGCUGUCGCCGGCGGGCUUCGACGUCCUGCAAGGUCUGCUGGAGUACAACCCCAAGGACAGGCUCACCGCCGGUGAUGCGCUGAAGAUGCCAUGGUUUGCAGGAGCCAAAGAUGACUGA